AUGGCGCGAUUGACUUCACGUGGUGUCAAAGGUGAAGAAGUGCAGGGCUUGCUACAGACAAAACUCGGCACCGGCACUGUCUUCGCACCCGACGGUGCCCAAGCAUGGGGCAAGGCCAGCGAGACCAACAAGCGUCCCUUGCUGAAAGGCGUCUCGCACAAUCGUGGCAUCUUUACACCCAUUGCCAAGUUGGACGCCGAUGCCAUCGAUGCGAGCACUGACAGGAUGCUGCGUGGUGAGAAAAGCAUGGCCGCGCUGCAGGAUGGCGAGUGGGCUGUGCCAGCAGGUGACAACUGUGGCUGUUUGAAGAAAACCAUGAGGCGACAGCAGACAGCUGGGGGCGGCUCCGGCUCUGAUCGUCUGCGAAGAGUCAACGCCCUUCCCGCAGCAUUCUUGCGCAGAGAUCCCAGUUUCAACCGGCUCUUGGCGUUACAGGCUGGCAUUGGAGAGCGGACGGGUGAUUUUGUGCUUUUGGCUCUGGCAGGAAGCGGCUGA